ACACUUCCUUUGAUAAAAUCCUUGAGUUUUAAUUGUUCUCUGCUGAAAUAGCUGACGAUUGGGAUUUUUGUGUUAUCUGUUAGUUAUUUGGUAGUUAUUGGGAACAGACUACACACAUUCAAAUGGCCCAGGUUCAGCCCCCUGCCGGAGGACCUCACAAUGUUGUGGUCACACAGCCUGUCCCCACCACGGUCGUCGUGUCUCAGCCUCCCCAGAGGAACUGGAUGGUCCCUGCUAUACUCACAUGUUUGUGUUGUUUCUGGCCGACCGGAAUCGUCGCUAUUUAUUCCGCAUACAGAGCAAAAGAAGCAGCAUCUAGUGGUGACGUUUUAGAAGCGGAAGUUCAGUCUAAACGCGCGCGCCUAUUUGUCAUCAUCUCUCUGGCAGUCGGGGUCGUGCUCUUUGUAAUCAUAAUAAUUGUACGCGUAUCAAGCCCUAGCACGAAUCAAUACUAACGUUUUAACCAUUCCUGCUAGAGGCAUUUAGACUCCGAGAUUUUUCUUUCUCAGAAACAUUCUUAGCUAACACUUUUUUUGUAUUAAAUACAUCAAAAAACGUC